AUGUCUUCUUUAGAUGAAGAAUUAUAAGAAUUACAUUCUAGAUAUGACAAUCUCUAAAAACUCAAUUCAAAUAUUUUAAUUGAAAAUUAAAAAUUACAAUCAGAAAUCCAAACUUUGAAAUAGGUAAUAUUAUUCAAUCUACUUCUAGAAUGUAACUUAAUUCUAAACUGAAAAUAAUUAAUUAUAUGAUCAAAUUGAAAAUCUCAAAAAUGAUUUAAGAACAUAAUUUGCACUUAGUCAAAGUUUAAGAUAACAAAAUGAAUACUUUGAAAAUUAAAUAUAUGAGUGUAAAAAAUAAAUUGAAUCUGCUGGUUCCUAUUAUAACUAAAUUAUUGAAGAAAAUGACAUACAGAUAUCACAAAUCUAGCACAAAAUUUAAUAAAAUGAAUAUUUAACAUAAGAGAAUCAUUUAUAUAAAGAAUAAAUUAUAUCUCUUUAAGAAGACAAUGAAUAAUUAACUUAAGAAGUAACUAAUUUAUAAGAAUCGCUCAAUAAUCAUGAUCCUUAUCAUUAAGAUCCAAAAUUACUUUAAAAUUCUGAUUAAAAUAAACAUAUUAAAAAAUAAAACAGAAAAAAAUUUAAAGAAUUAGAAAGAUUAAUAGUUAAGAAAGAAUAAGAAAUAAGUUAAUUGUAUUCUAAAAUUGAAGAUUUAAAACAUUAUAUUUAGUAAAUGAAAUAUCAAUCUGAAAAAUAUGAACAAAACCUCUCACAUUUAUAUAGUGAUUAUUAAUAAAUUGAAAUUGAAAGAAAUAAAUUAGCACAAAAAAUUGAUUCCAUUUAAAAUUCAAAUGAAAGAUUUACUACUUUGUAAUAAUAACUUUCAAAUUCUGAAAAAAAUAAGAAUAAAGAGUAUUCAUAAUUGAAAAUUUAAUAUGAUUAAGUAUAAAUGCAGAAUUUACAAUAUCAUCAAUAAAUUUAAACUAUAAAUGAUGAUUUUGCUAUUCUAACUAACAAAUAUUCUGAUUUAUAAGAAUUAAACAAUUAAUAUUUAGAAGAAUAGUAAAUUCUUAAAAAUUAAAUUUUAGAAAAAGAUUCUAUUCUCGAAAAAACAUAACAAUAAUAAUAUAAUAAAGAUCUAUAAAUACAAUAAUAAACAAAAGAACUUAAUUAAUAAUUGAAAGAAUUAUAAUAGAGUAAAUUUGAUUAAUAAACAUAAAUUAUUUAAUUAUAGAAAGAGAAUUAAAUAUACUCAAACUAAUUAAAUCAAUUAAAAGAUCAAUAAUUUAAAGAUUUAAAAGAAAAUCAAAUUUAAGUUGAAACUUUAAAAAAAGAAAGAUAAACUCUUAUUGAUCUUAUAAAGGAAAAAGAUGAAAAAUAAGUAGAAUUAGAAAUGAAAGUGAAGAAUUCUGAAAAUUUAAUUAAAUAGAUUAAAGAAGAAAGGAUUUUUUUAGAAUAAGCAGAAUAGUAUAAUAAUUAAAAUAAAUUAGAUCUUUUGAAGAAGUUUCUUAAUAAUGUAUGUAAUUGCAAGAUUAAAAUAGAGAUCUUUUAAGAUAAGUAGCUAAUCUUGAAAAUGAUUUACAAAAGUAUGAAGAAGAAAUUAGAUAAUAAAAAAGAAAUAAUAAAAAGUAUUAAUUUGGAUUAAAUAAAGUUCUUAGAAUUUUGAUAAGAAUACAUAAUAGAUAAUACUAAAAGAUAGAGAAAUAUUACAUUUGUAAUAAGUAGUAGAAAGAUUAGAAGGAAUGAAUAGAUAACUAUAAUAAGAAUGUGAUAGAUUAGCAGCUAAAAUAUAAAUAACUUCACAUGAGAAUACAUUAUUAAGUAGAACAAAUAGAGAAAUCAAUUAAAUGGGUAAAUUAUUGAUUGAAGGAUAAUAAAUAAAGGAGAUGUUAGAAAAGAAAAAAUAUGAAAAACCGUUGACAUUUACAAAUAAUAAAGCUCCUUAAGUUAUUUAAUAACUAUAAUAACAUAGUAGAAGGCCUUCUGUUAAAAAGUCUUGA